UAGCGUUGCUAAAGGAAGGGAAACGUAGGGUGGCUUUGUUUGUUAUUUUUUGCAUGAACACAAUUCACCUCUUUAAGAGAUGUGGACAGAAAUAGGGAAGCUAAUGUUGUUACAUUUGUUACUAAUGGAGCUACAUUCUUCAAAAGGGACAAAAACGGAUUGUGAAAAUGGUCAAUUUCAAUGCAAAAACGAACGAUGUAUACCAUCCAUCUGGAGGUGUGACGACGAUGACGAUUGCUCCGACAACAGCGAUGAAGAAAACUGUCCAGCAAAGAAGACCUGUGCCACUACAGACUUUGCCUGUAAAAAUGGGCAGUGUGUGCCAGCUCGAUGGCGAUGUGACGGCGAGGCAGAGUGCCCCGACGGGUCAGAUGAAGCGGACUCCACCUGCAGUCGGCAGACAUGUCCGCCUGAGAAGUUUGACUGUGGGGGCUCCACCAAUAAGUGUGUCUCGUUGUCAUGGCGAUGCGAUGGCGAGAGGGACUGCGAGAACGGCGCGGACGAGGAGGAGUGUGCCGCAGAUGCCAAGGCCUGCGCUGCCAACGAGUUCCAGUGCCGCAACCGCAAGUGCAUCGCGCCCAUCUUCCACUGCGACGGGGACGACGACUGCGGCGACGGCAGCGACGAGGAGAAGUGCUCGGCGCCCGCCUGCGGCCAGCACGAGUUCCGCUGCAACAACUCGGAGUGCAUCCCCCACCUGUGGAGCUGCGACGGGGACGCCGACUGCGCCGACAAGUCGGACGAGUCCAUGGAGCGCUGCGGCCGCCGCACCGAGCCCCAGAAGCCCAGCUGCGCCAGCGGGGAGUUCCAGUGCGGGAGCGGCGAGUGCGUACACCUCAACUGGAAGUGUGACGGGGAGGCCGACUGCAAGGACAAGUCGGACGAGACCAGCUGCCCCCUGCUGACAUGCCGGCCGGAUGAGUUCCAGUGUGGGGAUGGCUCCUGCAUCCACGGUACCAAGCAGUGCAACAAGGUGCACGACUGCCCGGACUACAGCGACGAGGCUGGCUGCGUCAACAAGACCAAGUGUGAAGGACCACUGAAGUUCAUGUGCAAAAAUGGCGAGUGCAUCGAGAGCAGCAGGGUGUGCGACUCCCACAAGGACUGCAAAGACUGGUCCGAUGAGCCCAUGAAGGAGUGCGGCCUGAACGAGUGUGCGGACAACAAUGGCGGCUGCUCCCACAUAUGCAUCGACAAGCGGAUUGGCUAUGAAUGCGAAUGCCCCUCGGGAUACAAGCUGCUGGACAAGAAGACAUGUGGAGACAUAGACGAAUGUGAGAAUCCGGACGCCUGCAGCCAAAUCUGCAUCAACUACAAAGGCGACUACAAGUGUGAAUGUUACGAGGGCUACGAGAUGGACCCAGUAACCAAGACCUGCAAGGCAGUGGGAAAGAGUCCCUACCUGAUGUUCACCAACCGCCAUGAGAUCCGCCGCAUAGAUCUGGUCAAGAGGGACUACACACAGGUAGUGCCCACUCUGAAGAACGCCGUGGCUCUGGAUGUGGAUGUCACCACCAACAAGAUGUACUGGUGUGACCUCUACCACCGAAAAAUCUACAGCGCGUAUAUCAACAAGGCCAGCGACUCCUCCCAGCAGGUCACCUUGAUAGACAGCGCCCUACAUUCCCCUGAGGGCCUGGCCAUGGAUUGGGUCCACAAGAACCUGUACUGGACCGACUCUGGAGCCAAGACCAUUUCCGUCGCCACCGGCGACGGCAAGAAGAGGAAGGUCCUGAUCGACACAGAUCUGAGCGAGCCUCGGGCCAUCGCCGUCGACCCCAAGCAAGGGUUCAUGUACUGGUCCGACUGGGGAUCCAGAGCCAAGAUCGAGAAGGCGGGGAUGAACGGCGUGGACCGGCAGGUUCUGGUCUCAGAAAGCAUCGAGUGGCCCAACGGGAUUACUCUGGACCUGUCCAACAGACGCCUGUACUGGGUGGACUCCAAGCUCCACCUGAUCUCCAGCGUGGACCUGAACGGGGCCAACAGGAAGGUCCUCCUCUCGUCCUCGGACCAGCUGGGCCACCCCUUCGCCCUCACGGUGUUCGAGGACCGGAUCUACUGGACCGACCUGGAAGACGAGGCAAUCUACAGCGCCAACCGGCUGACGGGGCACGAUGUGGCCACCCUGGCCGAGCACCUCAACCAGCCACUGGACGUGGUGGUGUUCCACGAGCUGCGGCAGCCCAAAGCUCCGGACAGCUGUAACAUGGGGAGCUUGCCCAAUGGGGGGUGUGAGUACCUGUGUCUGAAAGCACCCCAGAUUACAGAACACUCCCCGAAGUACACAUGCGCCUGCCCCAAUGGGAUGGAGCUGGGCCCAGACAUGCGCCGCUGUGUCACAGCUGUACCACCUAUUAAACCUAAAACAACGACAGCUCCACCCACGACUACCACCACCACACCUUCAACAACAACUACAACUACGACUACUACUACAACUACAACGACUACUAGUACUACUACUACCACAACUACUGCUGCUACCACCAGUACUACUACCAAAAGUACACCCACCACUAGGGCAACCGUGUCAUCCACCACUACCACUGCCCCCACCACACAAGCCACUGGAGUCCCAACGAGUUCCCCUCCUGGUCCCCCCAGCACCACCACCGACUCCAUCCAAGCACCCCCCUCAACCCCCCGCUCCGCCUUCAGCUCCCCUCCCUCUCCACCGGGCUCUCUCCCCACCAAGAGCAUCGUUAAAGAGAACAGCAAUCUGUCACACCGCUCUGGAAGUGAGCGCUACCUCCUCGGGAACAACAUAACGGUAGCGGUAUUGGGAAUCGUCAUCCCUAUAGUUCCUAUCAUUGCUACAGUGCUCGUCGGCCUGCUCUGCACGGGCGGCUACCUCGUCUGGCGCAACUGGCGGCGGAAGAACACCAAGAGCAUGAACUUCGACAACCCCGUGUACCGCAAGACCACGGAGGAGGAGGACGACGAGAUCCACAUCGGGCGGACGGAGCACAUCGGCCACGUCUACCCCGCUCGCGUGGCGCUCAGUGUGGAGGACGAUGGAUUCCCCUGAGGAGCGCGUUGUGUUCCCGACCCUGUCCUUCCUGCUCACAGGGGAGACUGGCACCGGCUGAGAGAGCUGGGGACGCAUGCUCGCUCCUAGAGGCCAAUGAGGGGGUGUAUCCUCUGUCCUCCUUAGGUUAAACGGCACUACAUCUUGUUUCUAAAUGAGUAUUUUUACUUACUGUACUACCACCGCCGCUACUACUAUACUACCACCAGUACUACCACUUCUGCUCCUACUCCCCGUUAGCAGUAGUGAGGAACGCUGCUUAAUGAUGACUAACCUCAUUGCUCAUCAGUGCACAUGUAUAUAGAUUCAAAAUUGGCCACGGUACCACGCUGUAUCUUGCCAGGAAUAGCAGCUGCGUUUUAAUUUGUUAUACUUAUUUAUUGUGUUGUUGGUAGUCAGUGUAAAUACGAUAAACCAGAGUCUGGGCAGGGCUACAGAGGGUGCAGAGGGCUUCUGCGUGAGCACAGAAAGGUGUGUGGGGGGGUGUUGGAGGCGGUUUUGCCAGAAAGGUGGUGCUACAGGGGAGCAGCAGGGCAGAACUCUGGGAAUGGAAUUAUGGGUAGUCUGCUCAACUUGCAUCAGAGGUAUAUGAUGGUUAGAUAAUGAAUGGUGGUAGUUUUGUUCAUUUUUUUAAUCCAGGAAGACCUGGAACGAUAUGCUCCGGUGCCUGGGGGUUUUCAGAGUACUGCAGAGACUCAGAUGCUACGGCACGGUCCACGUGAAGACAGUCAGUACUUCAGCCAGUACACAGUGUGCACGCCACACCAUCAGGCUGAGGAUCGCAGGAUGGCAGAGAGAUGUGGUGUGAAAUAUCAGCCCGUAAGGUGCCAGAAGAGAAACUGGAGCUUGUUAAAAAGCAAACUGGAUUUUUUUUUUGUCCACAUGUCCCUCUGUAAAAUGUAGAGAGGCUGGGUCCUACUGCGAGAAUAAAUGUACUGUAGAAGAACUAGAGUAGUAUAAGCACUGUAAUUUUAUUGGGGAAUGCACUGAUCAGAGAACAGUCAAAAUUGUCAAAUAUAAGAUGCACAGGUGCAACACACUGCUGUCUUAGUCGGCUCUUUAUUCAAUAAGCGACUCCAGAUCCACAAAGUUUUCCAGCUAUUGUUCAGACGUCUUCCACCUUUACAGGAGUCAGGUCAGUUUCAGCCUCUGAAAAAUAAGAAUGAUUUGAAGACGGUUGGAUUGGGUGGGUGCAUGUUUUGGAGUAGGGGGUCCUGUAGGAUGUGGGUAAAGAUGUCAGCAUAGGGUGCCACUCUUCCACCACCGCGGCGCAUGAAUGCGUCUUACAUGUGAGAGCUCAGAGUCUUCCAUGCGUUUUGAGCCUUUCUGUUCCUGUGCUCUCCAUGAGUCUGUCACUGGCAGGAAGAGAGUCCACACGGCAUGGCGCUUUCUCGAUCACGCGGUUUUUGUUACAUAAGGAAAGAGAGUAUUUAUUUUUAUGGUUGUACAAUUUCAUCUUUGUAUUUGUAAGUACAGUGCAUAUAUAUAUUUCUACGUUGUAGCAGAUGUACUUUUUCUUGUCUACUGUAGAUAGCAGAGACAGUAAUGGAUCGUUUCCUGGUUUUUGUACUUGAACCCUAGCAGUCAGACAAGCUGUAGAGCCCCUGCAGGCCUGCAGAAGUUGGGGGGGUCAUUGGGGAGUUCAGAUGUGAGCAGGAGGGUGAGCACCGCUCCGUUUUUAUCAUCCGGCUGUAACUCAGCGGCCCUGCAGCUAAUUGUUGAGUAGAUUGAUCUUUUGCUGUUUUUGUUGUAUUUUUUCAUCUACUUAAUGAGUCUACUUAUUCUUAAUCUACUUAUUCUCAGUGGAAUAUACACAGAGAGAGAGAGGAGGAACAUGCACAAACACACACUGUAGUUUCCACACUCGUUGGAGCCCUUGGGUACCCAUACGCGGGUGGGCAACAUGGGCACAUGGCACUGAAUUGUGCGGUGGCUGAUUGGUUGAUUAAUUGCAGCCAUUGAUCACGGCUUUCUCCUCUUAAAUGGAAGUAUCUGCUCGGUGGCGCUGCCAGUGAACCUCUAGGGGGGCCCCCUAACACACGCUCCUGGAUUUGCACGGGUAGGUCCAGAUGCAGCCAGGAAGCCUCAUGAAGAUGAAUUGGGAAGGGGUUUAUCUCAUCAGAGCCCAGACCCCAGUCCCGCUAAUGGGCCGUUUGUGUCCUCAUGCGUUUGAGCGGGAGCCACAUUUCCGCACCUGCACCUGCUGCCUGCUGCAGGAGCAAGGUGCCAGGGAGGCGACACAGUCACGCUCUCUUUAAGGUGCGAGGGGGAGUGUGUGAUUAGGCCCGGCUGUGCUGCAGAGGUUGUCAACCACGGGUGUGAAACAGCCAGUGCAAGCGUCUGACACCUGCAUGCCUGCCCUGCUUACCUGUCAGAGCGCUCUGUUAGUGGGUGAUCUGCCAUCUGGGGCACCUUUGAGGCUCUCUCGUGCAUCGUGUGGAUUGGGGUGCAGGGGUAGCCCCUGUUCUGAGACUGCAACCGUUACCCCGGUCUCAAAUGUCACGCUCGUAGAAGCCACCAUCAAUUCCAUUGGGAAGCGGGAGUGGGGGAUGACUUUUUUGUUGUUUGUGUAUGACAUUGGGGUAUAUGUGUUAACCUCCUUAUUUCUGGCCUGGUUUGCAUUCCCUGAGGCAGCUGAUGAUCUGCAGUGAAAACCAUGGCUUUCCCCUGGUCAGGAAGACUGCAAUCCACUGUUCAUUAGUGGAAAAGCUGAGUUUCUGUUUCUGAACCGGUUAUUGGUCCUCGCAUACGAAUUUCAUGCGAGUCACGCAAGUCACGAGCAAUAUGACGAUACUUGUUGUUCGGAUCUGAGCUUGGCUUUACACAUCCACUGUAUGACUUUGUGUGUGCAUGUAAUAUCAGCUCAUUGUCAGCUAAUGUAGUUUUCUUUAACAGAGGUCUGCAGGAUAGCGCAGGCUUCUUCGUUUGUGUGGCACUUUGUAUUAACCUAGGGGCUGGCAACAGUGGCAUGCUGUGAGUGUGCAUAAAGCCUUCAGUGAGCAAGCGUUUUCCAAGUGUGAAAACAGCAGUUUUAUCAUUAAACAUUUAACUAUGACACUUUUUUUUCAGUAGAUAGUUAUUUUAAUAGUCCGGACAUGUUUUAAAAUUAUGGAUCCUUGAAUAAUUCUGCAAUCACUGAAGGCUUCGGAUGUGCUUCUCAGUACAUGGCCUGUUCUACCCGAUCUACCAUAGACGGCUACCUGUGCCACUGACCAUCCUCUUAUUUCUCUCUUACUCUAUGCAUUUUUAAAUGGUGAUUCUUGCUCGCUUAGAACAGGAAUUCAUCCACGCUGCUCCAUCAUCCUCCAUUGCGACUAACAGUAGCACCCUGCGCUUCACCACACUCCCGUUUCCAUCGUUUGUUCACGCUUUGUUUUGAAAGGGCUACCUUUUCAAAUGGUUAACACUCGAACAACCGGAGGACAGGAAACCUGCACGGCCAGUUUUUUUUUAUUUUCCCCUCCAGAGCUUUGGUUGUGUCUUCUCCUACGACGGGCCCAGUGUUUGACUGUGAAAGAACCCUUGUGAUAAUAUAUGACUGCAUUAGCCCAGUGAUUUUUCCCACUGGCCCUCUGUGUUGUGUGACCCCCCCAUUCUCCUUGGUAUUCAGUUCAUAUUAAUCAAUGUGUAUUACUUGAAAAACAAAAGUUCAGGCUCCUCUUUUG